UUUAGUUUGCAAAAGGUCCAAAAACCCACAACCCGGACAUACCAGCAUUUCUCAGAGUUGCAAAACCCCUUCACUCUCCCUCAAAACCCAAAAUCUCAGAGAAGAGAAGCAAAGACGCCAUGGGAAGCAGAUUGGGGAGCAGAGUAGUCCACUUCCCAAACCUACCCAUCAAGCUCCUAAUGCCCACGAGCUUCACCAACAUCAGAGAAUUCGCCCUCAAAACCAUCCCCUCCGCCUCCAAGAUCGAAAUCAAGCGCGUCCUCGAGUCCCUCUACGGCUUCGAGAUCGACAAGGUCCGAACCCUAAACAUGGACGGCAAGAAGAAGAAGCGCGGCGGCCUGCUGAUCGCGAAACCCGACUACAAGAAGGCCUACGUCACGCUGAAGUCACCGCUGUCGCUGAACUCGGCGCUCUAUCCGAUUGGUGCUAUUGAGCAGGAGAAGAAGCAGAUGGUGGGGAAGAAGUCGAGCAAGUCUAGCGUCGUCGAGGAAGGCGAGGGGAAGAAGCAUUGGCUGGAUGGGAAGGAGGAGGUGAGGAGGGGGAGAUAUGAGAGGGGAUCUCCGGUUUUCGGCGACGGCAAGGAGAAGUUUCCAUGGAGCAAUAUGAGGUUUCGCUAGGUGCUCUGGCUGAUGCUCUGAGUAGUCUCUUUGCAGCUCUGCCAUCCUUAUCUUCACAUUCUCAAGUUCCGCUUUAAGAUUCUUAAUUUCUGCAUCUGUUGAUGAGCGGUUUCCUUCCUGUUCAGAGUUAUUGCCAGUUGGUGCUGAUUCCUUCUCUUGCAUUGCUGUCCUCAUCUUUACUUGCUCUGAGAACAGAACCUGUACAGGUUUCAUAGUCUAAUCAUCUGGUAAGAAAUGUAAACUUUGAUGGACCACAUAGUGGCUUGCACUGAAAUUCGUCAUCAGAUUCUCAGUUAAUUGUCUUUGUCUCUGUGUACGAGCUUCUUCAAUCUAGAUUAUUCAUAGUACUUCCUUUUUUAGAGGAAUGCAUU